AUGGAUAGUAUCAAAAAUCAUCACCGGAAACUCGUCGAGCAGAAAGAAAAGAUCAUCCAGUACAUUUAUUUGCAGAAGAGACUCGGAUCGGCUCUCUGGCGCUUGUCAACUGAAGUUUUAUCCCAAAAAAUUUACUACUGCCUCCUGCCGUUGUAUAACCCAUCGCCCCCAAAUAGCUUUCAUACUGUUGACCAGAAUAUGCCGACCAUGAACGGAGGUUGCUGUGACACACCCAGUUUACGGUGCAGGCUCUUUGUAGAAGUCAACGGCGGAGACUGGCAGCGGGAAGCUUUCUGCCAUGCCUCGUGGCUCAAGCGUUCCAAAGGACGUCCGUUCUCUUUGGCACUCCAGUGCUACUACGCAAGUGAAUGUGCUAAGUUACCAAGCCUUCUGCGGCCUUAUAUCAAUCAAGUUUCGUCUCUCUGUUCUUACUUCCGAGCACUUGAGGAGCUGACCAUAUCUGUGUACACUCCUUAUCCUGAAGCAGGUGAUCAUACGCUAGCGGAUCCUAUGCCAGCCGUCGCACACUCUAUCUCGCAACUGCUAUCCACUCUGCGCAAUCUCAGGGUAAUAGGGCCGUUGUUCAACCUUCACCACUUAUUCUCUUCCAAUCCUGUCUCAUCCUCGUUAGCGAUCCGGAUAUCAUCCGCCAGCUUCCAGACCUUGGAGCUAUGCACACACAUUGGACUUCAAUCCUUACGCUUAGAUUGCCCAAUGUCGCUCCAUGAGGAGUUCAAGGCGUUCCUCACGCGGUCAAAGUGUCCCCUGGAGAGCCUUGUUGUCGGCGGUGGAGCCAAGCGGACAGAUGAGCAGCAAGCAGAAUAUGCUGCCCUGACCCCUUCCCUCCAAUUUUAG